AUGGCAGGGCCGAAAAUUCUUGUAUUGGGCGCGACUGGACCGACUGGCAUCAACGUCCUCCGCGAGCUCAUUCAUCGCCAAGUCCACGCCGUAGUCUACGCUCGCAGUCCAUCGAAGAUACCGACAGAGUUGUCGUCUAGUCCGUUUGUCGAGAUCAUUCAGGGAGAGUUCGAGAAGUCUGACGAACCUGCUCUGUCCCGCGCCAUGGCGGAGUGUAAGGCAGUGAUAUCACUGCUUGGACCUGUCCUCGGAGACAAACUGACACCGACGGUCUUCGCCGACAUAUAUACUCAGCAGAUUGUGCCAUUGAUGGUGAAACACUCCGUGUCGCGCAUCCUCGCCAUGGGCACGAUCUCAAUUUCGCGUCCAGAAGAUUCGUUUCACUUCCUCCGUUGGCUGAACUCGCUGCUUAUCAAACUGCUGUUUGGUACUGCACAGAAGAACAUGUUCGCCAUCGAAGACGCCUUCGAUAAAGGUGACAAAGACGUUCAGGGCCUGGACUGGACUGUAUACCGGAUGGGUUGGGCAAUUGGUGGCUGUAAGCAUGCUGACUGGUUGAAGGACAGGGAUAAUGGGGAGAUGUUCGCAGGCGCUGUUGGUGCAGAGGGCUUUACCAUGGUUCUCAGAAGGGCGCAGCUGGCGAGGUGGCUUGUAGACGUUGCGACGGACGAGGCGCCGAAGUUCUCUCGUCAGAUGCCUGCCGUGAGUCGCCUAGCUGGGAGCAAUAAGAGAAAAUUGGCUUGA